AUGGUACAGUUAGAAAAGCUGCUAGAAAAAUUCGCUGAAGAAAAUUUUGGUGAUCAAGAGGGAAACUUUUUUCCUGUUUGUCAUGGCCGAAUCCAAGAAAUAAAGUUAUUUACGCUGUUGGUUAAGGGACCAAGGGGUUUUUGGGAACGUCCCCUUAAACCGAAUAAGCUUACAAUCCUUGCAGGCCUGGAAGAUUACGUAGUUGGCGGCAAAAAGGAAGAGUUUCUCGAAGCUUUAAACAAAAAUAUUAAGAAAGAAGACCAUGGAAUAGAACUAAAGGAAGCCAACGGCAAUGAUAAAGGAGCUACUAGGUAAUUAGCGCUAAAUAUGAAGCACGCCGAAUGUUUUAAAGAUAUAAAAGUCACCUGAUAAUAAUUCAAUAUAUUCUACUGCAGCGUAUACUGUUGAUUUACGACACAAAGGAUAAGCAAUCACCCACACAGUAGUCAAUGAUAAAUAACAGUUACAAAGAACCAACGAAAUGCGGCAUGACGUAAGCCACGUGCUAUGGCUGUGCACUGGCUAACAAAUAGAUUCCAUGUUGCCGUGCGUCUGUUCACGCAUAAACCGUUUGCCACCCUCUGUUUAAAGCCUGCGUUUUUUUUCCCCUAAGAGCCCAUGCAUGCAGGCUUCCGACAUCUUACGAUAAUUUUUUGUGUUCCUUGAUUUAGCAAGGUAGAAUUUGGAAUCAAGGCAGCCAAUUGUGCCAGUGCAAAUAUUAAGAUAAGUGAAGAUCUUGGUUUCCUAGACCUGGGGAGAAUCGAUCAAGAUUACAUAAAAGACCCGGACUUACGUGAAAUAUUGGCCAGUACAAAACUGGACAUCAAUAAAGCAGAAGUCUUUGAAGACAAAAAGCUGCGUUUGAUAACCUCAGUAAUUUACAGCGAGCGAUUUGAGAUUAAAGGCAACAGAGAGAGCGAGGUAAAUUUACCCUUUGAUAACUACCCUAAAUGAUAUCAUAUAGAGAAGCAAAGGGUACAUAAAGGGGGGUAGCAUGUCCCAGACAGCCCAACCUGCCACACCCCCCCUUCCUCCCCCUCCACCUCCUAGGUAGCUCGCGCCUUGCGGCGCCAAAAACAUUUCUCGUCCAGUGUCCGCUACUUGUCAAAAACCCUGGACUUAUCAUACUGAGCUCCAAGUGAGUGAACUCAACUGUUAGUGGCAUGUUAUGACGAGAGGUAUGGGGAAGACUGGUGAAAUAAUUUUUCUUCUCCGCGCUUUUGAGUCUGAAAUAGAAAUAUAGCCAAAUGAGCCUGGGUUAAAAUGUUUGAAGUCCGUCUGUGCCUGCCAUGACCGGUUGUACAAUAACUUUUCCCUUUCCCCUUUUGGCGACAUUUUGCUGUGUACCAACAUUUUGAAUUUGUAGCGUAAGGAGUCGUAGCAGAAUAGCCUGCAGUGAUGUGCCAAGAGUACUCUUUAGAAAUACUCGUCCAAAAUUGCGCCAAAAUUAAUAUUCUAACCCUUAAAUAUCGCUUCCGUUGGUUUUGUUGGUUAUUUUCUGUUUAUUGGUGACUUUAUUCGUUGCUAUUUGUAUUAAUUUCGAAGAUGGAAGUGGACGGCGAAGUCAAUAUUCCCGUGCACCCUUUGGCACAGUUGAGGGGAAAAUUUAAGAAGAGCAAUAUUCCCCCAAAGAUUGCUAGUAGGAACACUCGUGGACCAUUCCUGUUCAAGUGUUGCCGUGUUAUUUAUAACAAGGAAGAAAACCGAUUGGAGCUUCGGAAAGGAGAGGUAGUCGGCAAAAAUGUUUUCAGAGGUAAUGAGGACGACGAAGACGAUGAGGAAUAUAAAAACUCAGCUGUAAGCCUGGAGGAGGGGAAGGAAACCAAUUUGACAGGUUUUUUAAACAACACAAGAGUUUUAGUUUUUUUAUAUACCCGCAUGGAUGCAUUGACUACAGGCAAUUAACUGUUUAGCAGAAUUACAUGCAAAACUAAUGUCUUAGUGCGAAUAUGUCCACGCCCUAUCCGUGAUUAAUCAAAGGCUUGCCAGAUUACGGGGUUGCAAUCAUCUCCCAACACACAUCCGCAUCAUCCUUAAAAUCCUACUUCUUGACUAUGCAAACUUUGUUUGUAAGAACGAUAUUAGGUACUUCAAAAAUAUGCAACAACUUCCGGUUUUACAAAUAUAACGGUCCGCCAAUCAAUUUACGUUAUUCUUGAUGUCCCAAAUGGGCUCAUCUGAUGUUAAAUCUCUUUUAGUCUGCGCUGUAUUAAUGAGUCCGUACCUAUUGUAAAGAAAGCCACAAAAAACAGUACAUUUACUGAAGAAAAAAAACUGUCUGAAGGCUUCGAAGUCUACUUUGAAAACGAACUAUGGUAGGAUAGUUUGGCUUUUUCCAUUCCAUUGAAAUCUUUUAAAUUUAAAACCAGUCACUGACUAGUAAGAACACUAGACUUUCCAGAGCUGCAUAUAACUCCGUUAGAUACCAUCAGCAUUUUGCGAAAUUUCAUCAGACAAUCGUAGACAGAUCAGACUGUUCCAAGCCAUGUAUUUUUGCGCAAGGUCAAAGGUAAUAUUAAAACGAUUUCACACUCCUGUUCAGUUUUUGCAACGAGUGUUGAUGGCCUACCAGAUUAGAAUAAGCCUCUAUUUAGGUCUACUGGCCCAAUUUGCAUAAACCUUGAAAGAGCAAAAUUCGAGUCAACAUAAUUCGAGUCGUUUCUGGUUGAGUGUAGCCUGCGUGGCAGGCGUUCGAAAGGGAAGGGGAAGGGAAUUAGAGCGCGAGACCACCUCCUUCCUCGCGCGCCCCUCGUGUUUCUCUAGCGCCUAAAACUCCCUUUCCCAAAACUCCCUUUCCCUUCCCUUUCAAACGCCUGCCACGCAGGCUAGGUUGAGUGGCAUCAAGUGGUUAUCACGCAACGAUAGUUAACUUGUUGUUAUGAUUGUGUGUGAUUGAUAAUUAACAAAGUAUAUUACAAGGAUAUUACGGAACAAUUAUAGCAGUUUACUUUCAAACCCAACGUUAACUGAAAAAGCCACGCGUACGUUUUCAUCUACCUACAACGCAAAGUUGAAUUAAUAAACACUAAAUCCACCCAAUCAGGGAACUAUCAGGAUCGUUAAGUCUGCAAUUAUGACACCAUGUCGUAACUAUCAAAUCUUAGAUGUGGAAAAACCUUUGGCGGGCACGAAUUAAUACAAAAUAACUACUCUCUAUACACCUUAGAUUCUUUCACAAGUGAGGAUAGUGCAAAGCUGGAGGAUAUAAAGAAGUCCGUUUUAAUACCUUCCAAGAACAGAGAGGAGCGUAAAGAAAGGGUCAAAAAGUACCUGCAGUGGGUAAGAACGGUUAAAGCAAAUAAUCAAGAGCUCAUAACCCGGAGAGUAAACAUGACUCAUAUAUGAGAUAACUCUUCGCAAUGGUGUUAUCACAGAUCAAGUUAUAUUUAGUAUUAUUUCGGAGUACUUUUCCUUUAAAUGUCAUAGAUGUCAUGGCUCCACUUAUUACUGACUGAUUUUUUUAAGACAUUUUGAUAGUCAGAAAUUGCGGGAAAUCGAUCUAAAAUAAACUAAUAUGUGAAAACGCCGUUGAGUUGAAGGGAGCUCCGGCGGUAUAAGCCUUCAUGGUCACACACAAAUCAACUUGAGAGAGAGAAACUGAAAAUAGGGCAAAAGCCAGAUAUCAGUGAGGAGCCAUUCCUUGAUUCGAUUCACCUGAGUCGAGUCAUUUCACGAUGUACAAUGGUCUUCAAUGCUUACUAGCGAAAACAUUUGAAUAUUUUAUACAUUAGGUUUUGACGUUUGAAAAGAAGUCACUACAGUCGAAAUUCUCACGUGGGUCACCCUAACUUAAUUCAUGGAUCGACUCAAAUUAGAAAUGUCACCUCUUGUUAAUUGAUCCAAACGUCGAUCUUUUAACAAUUUAAUGACUUCAUUGAAGAGAUUAUAGGUUCGUCGGGUAGAUGAAGAGUUCGACUGGACUUCUGUACUUACCUUUUUACUUACUAUAAUUGCAGUUUGUAGACGCGCUGACAACAGGCCAGAAAAGGUUGUGUCUUGAUGAGCCUCUUACUGAUGAAGAUUGCCAGUUUCUUCGAAGUAUUUUUGUGCCCGCCAAUAAGAAUCGGUCAAUUUUGGCUCUCCCAAAAACUUUUGACGAAGAAAAGAUUCAAGGAUACGCAAUUGUUUUGAAGUUCAUUUCUGGUAAGAUCCUACCUGUUUACAAAUAUUUUCUUUGCAAUAUUUACUAUUUUGCUAUCCUGGUAAAAUCAGGAUUGAAUGAACAAAUCAAAAGAAGAGUCAUGACGGUAUAAUAGUUAUGAUUAAAUGAGGCUAAGUAUGACAUGAAUGAUAGAUAUUGAACAAUUAAUGCAGAUUGAGAUAGGUGUAUCCAACCCCGGACCUAUGGCCGAGGUGGAUAACAAACUCCGAGAUCUGCGUGAUUCGUCAUAUCAUACGAAAGCCGAAUUUGAUUUUUUGCUGUUGUUGUUGUUAUUUUUUUUUUUCAAAAUAUUUUCUAAGUUCUUUAACAUCCUUACCUCCCCACAGGCAUUCUUUUUUUUUAUGCAGAUACUCCUAAAAUAUUUUUAUGAUUAGAAUACUCACGUCGUAUAAAUAUUUACUAGACGAUUCUGUUUAUAAAUACUACGAGAAUUAUGAUUUGUCGUUCUUGAUCAUACAAAGGGCCAUUUCGUAAAGAAUGUCCUAACAUAAGUUUAAGUAUAAGAAAGUGGUGAUCACCCCCGGGGGGGGGGGGGCACUUUAGGAAUUUCUGGGUGGGGAUGUGACCCUGGGACCCUGGAACCCUUAACCUAAACCAGAGCUAAUUCAGCUGAAUUUUGCUACCCUAUGCUAGAGUAAACUCCCAAAAUCCCCCCCAUCCUAGAGUAGCUGUUUCCCUAAUCUAGAUAAAAUCGUCAACCAACUGAUCAGUUUCCUGAAAAAUGAUACCCUAUUCUAGACCCAAAUGCUCUGAUUUAUAUACCCUAUCCUAGAGUAAACUGCUUGAAAACCAUACCCUUCACAGCGGCACAUACCUAUAUAGCCCAUAUAUGGCAGUACCCCACCCCCGGGUGAUAACCAGACUGAGCAUGAGGCAAUAAUGUCCAUAUUUUUGUGACCAUAAGUAUGAACAAACACAUGGACAUUAUUGCCUUAAAAAAUCUUCAUUCCUCACACACAUCAUAGUUAGUAAAGGAGACUGGUUAUGAAAGCCGGCAAACAUCAAAGUUGAGCACUCGCCUUCCACCAAUGUGGCCUCGGUUCAAUUCCCGGCGUUGAAGUCAUGUGUGGGUUGAGUUUGUUGCUGGUUCUCUCCCUUUCUUCGAAAGGUUUUUCUCUGGGUGAUCCGGUUUUCCCCUCCCCUUAACAAUCAACUCUUCCAAAUUCCAAUUAGAUUUGGAAGGCACGGACACUUUUCAACCAGUUUUCUUGAACUCCUAAGCGCUCCGUUGGUAAAGAAAUUACAUGCAUUUUUUUCACGGGAAAUUAUGACUAAAUGAAUUAAUGCCAUGUUUCUGUUGGUCACUAAGUUCAAAAUGAUAAGAGUGCUACUGAACGUUGGGCACGCCGUUCAUGUCUAAAAAAGCAAACAAAAAGUGAUAUAACAGCGGGUUUUAUAACCAUUUCACUAUAAAUUAGUGACUAAAUGUGCGCAUACGUCAGGAGCACCCAACGAGAAUAUAGUUCAAAACCACUUAAACAUUGAAUUGUUAAACGUAUUUUAGUAUUUAAACGGUAGAUAUAGGCAUAUUUUUAUCCCCUAAAAAUUUUUCAUCUGUUCGGAUUUCCUAUAGCUGAAAGUCUAGUGAUCCGAAAAUUAUAGGGAUCAAAACUUAACUUUCCGAAAAUUUCAGCCAGAAAAAAGGCUCCCGAAAAUUCUAGCUGACCUUUUUAGGGUAAAAAUCCGUUUAAAAUAGGCAAUUAUACCAGUUUUUAGAUGUUCGAAAAUCCUAGGGGAGGCAGGCAAGCAAGAAAUUUUACAACAAAUGCUCCGAAAAUUCUAGAUCUCAAAUCGUCUUCCGAACAGAUAUUUUCCCGAAAAUUGUCGUUGGGUGCCCCUGAUACGUACAGGGUCAGUUUGACGUUAGAUUAAUUGUUAGCUUGAACUGAACUGAUUUUGUUAAAAAGAAAUCUAUGUUCCAUCUUGAUUCCAUGCUCUAGAGUUGUCUGAGGAAAGCUGGGAUGAAAUAGAGAAAGCUUGGGCUGAGGAAGAAGAGCAUUUGGAAGACAUCAAAUGAACUGACUGAUAUAACUGUAAUCACGUUCUCUGAUCUCGAUUCAAGUGUCGGUAUAGGUGUGAUCAGCUUUCGAUGAAUGUUAAGAAAAAUAGUUUCAGAUGUUGUCGCUGUUUUUGUUCAAGUGUUCUAUAGUCACUGUCGUUGAUGCAUUGCUCAAUCAGAUCACUGGAAACACUGAAAAAUAGUUUCAAACGCGCUUUUGGGUAAUUUUGCAACAAAUCAGCUGACAAGCACCAUACGUUCAAUUAUAAUAUGAGUGACUUGAGUGUGCAAUAAGUCUUGCAUAAUCUAAAAAAAAGUUCACCCACAGUCGACGUCCGACAUAAGCUCUUGCAAAUGUGAGAGGCACAUUUUAAAAUUUCUGACAAUAAAUUUAGUAACCAUGAUUGUGUAGUGCCACUACAAAAAGGCAUGGUGAAAGAGAAGAUUUUAAAAAAGAAUUUUCAUUUCAAAUUACUUAUGUUAUAAUGAGUACUAGACAAAUAUAGCCGUGAUAUUUGAGGAAAUUAAAGCGGAAAGUUGGAGCUGAAGCAGCUGAAAGAAAAAGAGCAUGAAUUGAGGACUGGUGGACAAUAAUGACUGAUCUUUUUCUUUCUUCCAUUUCCAUCAGCCGAUCACCCUUGUGUGUUUCUGUUUUAGUACGUGUUUUGUUUGUUUGUUGCUUCACUUUCACCCAACUUUAACUUUAAACUGGCUUUGCUUUCACGUGCGCUAACACUUGCUUUAGAUAGGCAAGGCAGACCAAACGGAAGUCGGCUGAGAACAAAUCAGAAGAUGGAAGGUUCGCAUCGUGAUCCUGAAUCGCCCCAUGCAAGUGAAUCCAGUACAGUCUUGGAUUCUGCAUAAGCAAAUUUUUCUGGAUUAAGUCAGUGAUUUUGGUUAAUAGAAUUUGAUACUCUUAGUACAUAGCAGCCUCCAUAAAACAGAUUACCUCCACUGAUCAAGAGAGAAUCGUUCAUUCUCUUGCGCUGAUUAUUCAUUUUCACGACAGCAGUAAUAGGCACGAUUGUUUUGUUGACGGUAAUAAUAAGGAAAUAUAGGGCCUUAUUAAUGAAAUCUCAAUGUUAGUCGAGACAGCUCUUUAAAUAUAUUACUCUAUUGAUAUUUAACUAUGAAUUGUGAGGGGAAUAACCAUUUCGAACACCUUUUGCCCACUGAAACGAUUCUAGAUCAUGAAUUUAAAUAAAUAUAGCCUUAAAUUAAGGCCUGA